CCUCCCGGGCGAAGCAAACUCCGAUGAGGCCAACACGCUUUCCCCAUCCAUCCAUCCAUCCAUCCAUCCGUCCACCCGUCUCGCGGCCUCUGCUCCCCACGCCAUGGACACAGGUCCAGCUCACACCUCACUCCCGCCACGCGCCGCCCCCUACCCCCUGAUUCAAACCCGCCUUUGAUCUCUCUCUCCCCCCGAAUCCUAUAAUACAUCCGAACAUCCUCGCUCCCAUUCCAAAGUCUCACCCAAGCAAGCACCCAGCAUCACCUCACUCGCCAGUCACCACCAUUGCCACAGACCUUGACACCAGCUAGAUACCACCUCGUCUCGUGCCAUGGACCAGUACAACAACUACGGCGGCGUGGCCUACUACGCCGGCGGGGACGACAAUGGCCAGGGCGGGUACGCGACGGUGACGUCGGCGCCGCCGAAGCGGCCAGCGGGGCGGACCAAGUUCAGGGAGACGCGCCACCCGGUGUACCGCGGCGUGCGCCGGCGCGGCGCCGCGGGGCGGUGGGUCUGCGAGGUGCGCGAGCCCAACAAGAAGUCCCGCAUCUGGCUCGGCACCUUCGCCAGCCCGGAGGCCGCGGCCCGCGCCCACGACGUCGCCGCGCUCGCGCUCCGUGGCCGCGCCGCAUGCCUCAACUUCGCCGACUCGGCCGCCCUGCUCGCCGUCGACCCCGCCACGCUCCGCACCCCCGACGACAUCCGCGCGGCCGCCAUCGCGCUCGCCGAGACGGCGUGCCCCUCCGCGCCCGCGCCGUCGGCGUCGUCGUCGCCGUCCGUGGCAGCCUCGGCGUCCGCGACGGCGCCCGCGAUGAUGGCGAUGAUGCAGGAGUCCGCGACGCUGCAGUACGACGACUACGCGAUGCAGUACGGCGGCAUUGCGGACCUGGACCAGCAUUCCUACUACUACGACGGGAUGAGCGCCGGCGGCGGCGACUGGCAGAGCGGCUCGCACAUGGACGGAGACGACGACUGCAACGGCGGCUCCGGGUACGGUGCCGGCGAGGUCGCGCUCUGGAGCUACUGAUCGAGCUGCUCCAUUGGUCGCUCCAGUUAGCGUAGGAUUAAGAAGAAGCAAAGCAGAGUUGGCCGGGAGCUUCAUCAGUUGUGAAGUAGCACUAGUCGUAUUAUUUAUGUGGCCGUAAAGCAGAGAGAGAGAGAGAACGGUAUGCAAAUUGCAUCAGCCUGUUUCCCUCCAUAAUUUUUUUAUUUUUUGAUGAUUUUUUGGUUGGCUGGAAUUUUUGUAACAUGUGCUGGAGUAGAGUAAUAAGGGACAAACUCUGCUUUAUCAAUAUUUAGCUGAAAUAAGUUUUUUUCCCUGCAAA